AUGCAACACGGAGAGCCGAGCACGGCGAAUCAGCCAUCUGGCGAACGCAAUCUCGAGCUAGUAGCUGAAGACGACGUUGUGCUCGACCAGUCGGAUUCUCAGGCACUCCGAACAGAGAAUGCGCGACUCAAUUCAGAGCUCGAAGCUCUCAAGGCUCAACUACACGAAGUUGGCGUGCAGACUGCCGCAGCCGCCGUUAAAUGCACCCAGGAGGAGCAGCGACUUCGAGCACGUCUGCAAAGCAUCAAAGACGAAACUGAGCGCGUGACAUCUGAGCAUGACGCAGAACUUGCACGCCUGACAGAACAAUUGAACAUCGCUCGCACCCAAUGCAAGGAAGCAAAGUCUGUCAGAUCUGUACUCAUAGAGACUGAGGCAGGCAAUCAGGAGACGUUAGACCGAAUGAUGGUGCAAAUCAGUGAACAGGAAGAGGAACUCGCGAUGAUUUCAUCCACGCUGCACGAACAUCCGGCCCCGUUUGAAUGGCAAAGUUUCAUGAAGCAAGCUGCGUUGGGCGAGAGACGUGCAAACGCAAACGGGGCGUUCUACCAAGCAAAUAAAGGCUCUCAAACCUUACCUCCUGUGACCGAUAGAGUCUACGAGCUUUUCCACAUGGAGAACAACCGCCGAUGGGAGUACAUUGGGACCUACAAGCCGGUACAUUGGAUUACCGGACCGCUCGAGCAGUUUCAGACCACCUGCCAACUCCGCAUCUCUAAUGUUGUAUGCACUGGUUGGGAGCGCAUUGGGUACAACGACGGGCUAGCGGGGGUGUUACAACAUGCACUCAGAAGCAGCAAGUCCAAACAACCAAAGAAGCAAAAGCGUGGUGCCGAGAACCAAGGUUCAGGAUCCUCGAAGAAAAGGCACAAGUCUCGUAAAUGA